CCGGAGGUGGUGGAUGCGGGGCCUGGAGCGCCCACUCCAGGAGGAGGAGGAGGAGGAGGAGGAGCAGGAGGAAGGAGAGGAGGAGGAGCUGCCGCCGUCCCCCCGGCUCCCGCCCCUGGUGCUGAGGGGGUUGCUGGCCGGGCCCUGCCCCGGGGCCCGCGGCCGCCCACCCACGGGUUUACAGAUGGAUUCAGCAGAAAAGACAACAAAUAGAAGUGAGCAGAAAUCCAGGAAGUUUUUAAAAAGUCUGAUAAGGAAGCAGCCCCAUGACCUCUUGCUAGUCAUUGGGACAGGCGUCAGUGCCGCUGUGGCCCCCGGCAUCCGUGCCCUCUGCUCUUGGAGGAGCUGCAUUGAAGCCGUCCUGGAAGCGGCCGAGCAGCUGGAAGUCCUGCAUCCUGGAGAUGUGGCGGAGUUCCGGAAGAAGGUGAUGAAAGACCGAGACCUGCUUGUGGUGGCUCACGACCUGAUCCGAAAGAUGUCGCCGCGCACAGGGGAUACCAAGCCCAACUUCUUCCAGGACUGCUUAAUGGAGGUCUUUGACAAUUUAGAGCAGCAUAUCCAGAACCCCACAGUGCUGCAGUCGAUCCUCAGCCUGAUGGAGCGGGGGACCAUGGUGCUCACCACCAAUUACGAUAACCUCCUGGAGAUCUUUGGCCAGCAGCAGAACAAGCCGAUGGAAUCCUUAGAUUUAAAAGAUAAAACCAAGGUUCUCCAGUGGGCCAGAGGGCACAUGAAGUAUGGAGUUCUUCAUAUUCAUGGCUUGUACACAGAUCCCUGCGGAAUGGUUUUGGAUCCUUCAGGAUAUAAAGAUGUGACCCAGGACCCAGAAGUGAUGGAAGUUCUGCAGAACCUGUACCGGACCAAGUCCUUUCUGUUUGUGGGCUGUGGUGAGACGCUAAGGGACCAGAUAUUCCAAGCCCUUUUCCUGUACUCUGUGCAGGACAAGGUGGAUUUGGAGCACUUCAUGGUGGUGCUCAAGGAGAAUGAAGACCAUUUCUUCAAGCACCAGGCCGACAUGCUUCUGCAUGGCAUUAAAGUUGUCUCCUACGGGGAUUGUUUUGACUACUUCCCAGAAUAUGUGCAAGACCUUGCUGCUCAGAUCUGCAGACAGCGAAGUCCAGAUGCUGACCGAGUGGACAGUACAACGUUGUUAGGGAACGCCUGCCAGGACUGUGCCAAGAGGAAGCUCGGAGAGUACAGUAUGGGCGUCGAUGUUCCCAAAAGAAUCAGACAGUCGGACCCAGAUGACUCUGGAGGCUCAUGAGAUCAGAGACCCCUGAAGCCUGUGCCUGGACAACCAGCCUCUGAGCAGCCACAGUGCCGGACCUAGGACCCCCUCUCGGAGCCUGACACCGAGGGUGGGGCCCAGGGUGGAGCGGGGUCCCCACGGCCUCUGCACACGACUCCUAGGGAUUGACAUUUUUACGUUUCAGGUAUACUUGGAAAGGACUGACGGACACCUACCUCAGGGAUAAAGUCCAAUGAUGGCCUCCCCGUUUGUGAAGACCCUUUUUAAAGGGGGGUGGGGGGAGAUGGAAGAACUGGCUCGAGGCCCCACCUCCGGGUGCCAAGGAAAUGCGCCUGGGCGUUGUUUCUGUGGCACAGACCCAUUAGAAAGUGGUUUAUUUUGUGAACUAGAAAAGAAGGGUUUUGGGGGCCGCGGACUAGGCAGGGAGGAAGGGGCUUCCUUGGCGGCGGGCACAUGGCUCUGGGCCAUCCCAAAGAAGUCGCGGGGGCGCCCUCGACCAUGUCACACUCCAUUGUACCCCGAGAUCUGGCACAGACGGUUCUCUCUGGGAUGGUCGUAGCUCAAAUAGCUGAGAUGGGUAGCGGCCGGAGGCGGUGGCCGCGGGACCUGGAGUCAAGUGGAAUAUGCGGAACUUUGCCAAGGGCCCGCGCCGCUCUAAACGGGAGGGCCUGGCUCAGCGUCGGGGCGCUCGGCCCGAGCCGUCCGCGUCUGCCCGGGCGUCCCCACUGGUGGUGAGGCUGCCUCCCCCUCGCUGGGAGAUGGGGCGGACCGAGCGACCUCUGGCCAGGAGCUGCGGUGGAAGCCAGGAGGUGAAUCCAGCCCGUUAAUUCUUUGGAAGCCUGGUCCUCUUUGAUGUCUCUGGUCAGUAAAAUAAAGCCGAAAAGAGCUCA